UGAGCCGAGUCGAGCCGUCCAUCACAACCCGCGUACGAGGAAAGCAGCAAACGCAGCACUUUUUCGUCCCCUCUUCCCACAGUGUUGUGGCCUACGGAUAAAAUCAUGUCCGCUCCGUUAAAUUGACGUCUGAGAGGUGGACUACCGUCCAAACGGCCUGCUUUCGAUAAGUCCACCGUCUGUGACCAGGAGGGGGAGAGCGGCUCGAUUGUUUCCUGUAAAGACGUGGUCAUUACACCAGUGCAUCUGUGAUGACGAUCGAUAAUCAAGUAACCAGCUAAUCCCCAGAGCCUACUGCCCUCUACCAUGUCCCACUCCCAGCACUCGCAGCGAGGUGCCCAUGGGCGUGCCAUGAGCUCUGAGGAGAGGAGCUCAGUGAUGGUCAACAAGGCCUCCACACCGGUGCACAAGAGUGCAUCAUCCUCUUCUUCAUCCCAGCGCGACAGUCGGCAGGAGACAGACAGCUGGGAAAUCAUCGAGGGGCUGAAAAUUGGUCAGAACAGCGUCCAGAGGCCAGAUAAGCAUGAAGGGUUUAUGCUGAAGAAGCGGAAAUGGCCUCUGAAAGGCUGGCACAAGCGAUUUUUUGUUUUGGACAAUGGUAUGCUGAAGUACUCCAAGUCUCCCAUUGAUAUCCAGAAAGGCAAACUGCAUGGCAGCAUCGACGUCGGCCUUUCUGUGAUGUCCAUCAAAAAGAAGGCUCGUCGUAUUGACCUUGAUACAGAGGAGCAUAUCUAUCAUCUCAAGGUCAAAUCCCAAGACAUCUUUGAUGCCUGGGUAUCCAAGUUGCGACAUCACCGUCUUUACCGACAGAACGAGAUUGUACGAUCUCCUCGGGACGCCUCCAUGCGGACGUUCCCUCCGUCGGCGGUUGCAGAGUCCCCUCAAGCUGCUUCAAGUCUUGGACAUGAUGCCAAGCAAGCUAAACCCAGUGGGCUGCCAUGGCAAACACCCGUCCCCACCGACAGCAGCCUGCCUGUCUCCUACAGAAACGGUCAGAGCAAAGUGGCUGCCUGGCUGCAAGAAUCCGAGGAAAUGGACAAAUGUGCAGAAGAUCUUGCACGUUGCCAGUCCAACCUGACUGAGCUGAGUGGCCUCUUGCAGAGUCUGGAAAUUUUACAAAGGACUCAGUCAGCACCCAACUUUGCGGAUAUGCAGGUUGAAAACACGGCUUGCGUAGAAUUGACAAAGAAAGAAAAGCGCAUGAACAGAAGAUGGAGGACAAAAAGUGUCGGCAAAGAUGCAAAAUUCCAGCUUCAGGUCCCGCUGUCAUCCAGCAUGUCGCCAGUGCGCCUCCACUCAUCCAACCCUAACCUCUGCGCCGAGAUGGGGGACUUUCAAGCUCCCGUCUCCCGGCUGACAGACAGCGUAGAGUGUACUAGUGACUACAUCAAACUGCAAGAGGAGUUCUGCACCAUCGCCCAAAAAGUCCACACGCUGCUCAAGUCGGCUUUCAACACAGUCGCCAUUGAGAAAGAAAAGAUCAAGCAGAUUCUGUCUGACCAGGACCAGUCUGACCACUCAGCCCAGAUCAACUCCCUGAGGAAGUCUCUGUCACAGGCCGUGUCCCAAAACGCAGAACUUCGAACCCGACUGAAUCGCAUCCACUCCGAGUCUGUCCUGUCGGAACAAGUCGUGAGCGUGAAUAUCAUCUCCACUCCUGAUGAGGUUGGAGAGCAGAUGGGCAUCCCUCUGACGCAGCAGGCUUCCAACGAAAGCCGACUUUCCAUGUCGGAGUCUGUAUCCGAGUUCUUCGACGCCCAGGAAGUGCUUCUAUCGGCCAGCUCGUCAGAGAAUGAGGGCUCAGACGAUGAGUCAUACGUCAGCGACGUGAGCGAUAACAUCUCAGAGGACAAUGCCAGUGUGACCGAUAACGUCUCCAGACAAAUGGCCAACGGAGACUUCGCCGCCUGUGCCUUCCGUAACGGGCGGCGCAUCUCCCUGCCGGCGCCCUGUCCUGACACCGGCAACAUCAACCUGUGGAACAUCUUGCGGAACAACAUAGGCAAGGACCUCUCCAAAGUGUCCAUGCCCGUGGAGCUCAACGAGCCUCUCAACACGCUACAGCGCAUGUGUGAGGAGCUGGAGUACAGCGAGCUGCUGGACAAGGCCGCUGAGAUGGAGGAUCCCUUUGAACGCAUGGUUCUGGUCGCUGCCUUCGCCGUAUCAGGCUACUCAUCCACCUACUACAGAGCAGGAAGCAAGCCAUUCAACCCGCUCCUUGGAGAGACGUAUGAAUGUAUAAGAGAAGACAAGGGAUUCUGUUUUUUCUCUGAACAGGUGAGCCACCAUCCUCCCAUCUCUGCCUGCCACUGUGAGUCCAAGAACUUCACAUUCUGGCAAGAUGUGAGAUGGAAAAAUAAAUUCUGGGGAAAGUCAAUGGAAAUAUUGCCAGUCGGGACAGUCAGCCUCAUGAUUCCCAGAUUUGGAGAUCACUACGAAUGGAACAAAGUCACCACAUGUGUCCACAACAUCCUCAGCGGCCGGCGUUGGAUCGAACACUACGGCGAGAUCACCAUAAGAAACACAAAAAGCAGUGCUUGCCUCUGCAAACUCACAUUCGUCAAGGGGAACUACUGGAGUUCGAACGUGAACGAAAUCCAAGGAUUUGUGAUGGACCAGGAAGGAAAAGUGAUCCACAGGCUUUUUGGAAAAUGGCACGAGGGGCUUUACUGUGGUGUCCCACCAUCAGCCAAAUGUAUCUGGAGGCCAGGCUCUAUGCCCACAGACUACGAGCUAUAUUACGGCUUCACCAGGUUCGCCACAGAACUCAACGAGCUUUGUCCCGAGUUGAAAGAUGUCCUGCCGCGAACGGACGCACGCUUCAGACCCGAUCAAAGGUACCUAGAAGAGGGUAACUUGGAGCUUGCUGCCUCCGAGAAGCAGCGAAUUGAAGACCUGCAGAGGACCAGGAGGAAGUGGAAUGAAGAAAAUAAUGUCAAACAGGAGCCUUGCUUCUUCAAGAAAGUGGUUGACGCUAAUCAAAGAGAACGUUGGGUGUCGAACAACACGUACUGGGAGCUGCGCAAAAACCCUGGAUUUAUCAACAUGGAGCCUAGCGUGAACCUGUGGUAGCCCACAGCCCCUCGCUCCCCUCCUCACAUAGCAACGUCUGACUGCACAAUUGAGAUGUGAGAAGAAAACCAAAAACUAAUAAGACACAUUUGGAGGUGACGCGCCCGGAUUGGUGCAAAGCUUACAAGAGGAGCCUCACCUUCAAUGUAGUCGGAUCUUCUUCAGCUACUUAAAUGACUCCCGAGUCGGCCUUAAAUGCGGACACCCAUACUUAACUACAACCAUGUGCAUGCUUAAGACAGCUCUUACAGGCAUCCGGCCAUAUUUAAUACAUUACGGUUGUAGAAAAAGAGAUAUUUUUUUAUAAAAUAUCUUAGCAGAAUUUUUUUUUUUUUUUUUUUUUUUUGCCUUUUAAUACAAUUUGUGAUGGGGAACAACACGUCAAGCCACAGCUGCGUGCACACACCCCAUAGCAUGUUACACAACAGUGUAACCAUAUUCAUCUGAAAAUCAAUAGACACGAGUCAGAAGUUGUCUGCUCAAUCUCGGCUUGAAGACCCCUCAUUCCCUGCCUCGCCAUCUAAUUUCAACCAUCUGCUUAAAAGCCACUCCGUCCAUGUAUAGUGCUGAGCUUACUUCGUUACACUGCAGGGAAACGCUCUAAACUGGGGGGGUGGGAGAAGUGUGGCCCGGAGAGAAUUUACAUUAUGAAGAAUAUUUGUUGCAUUAAUGGAGUCAUUUGUUUUGUGCAUGUAAAAUUUAAAUGUUUUUAGUUGUUUUUAAGCAUUGUUCCUAAAAAAAGGUUUCUUAAAAUACAUUCAGUGAUUAUUUUAUUAUUUUUACAGGAAUUGAAUACGUGAUUAAUUUAUUGUAUUAUUUUUGCCAUUUUCAACUCAAAAAAUUAAUUGAAAUGUAUUUAUUCAUAAUAACAAGCCAUUCAAUAGUUAAGUGAGUGCAAAUAUUUCAUCAUUGCCCCCGAAAAUUUAUUUUAUUAUUGUAUUAAGUAGCUGGUUAAAUUAUAAUUAAAAAACAAUUUGGAGGUUGAAUUACUAUUUUAUUAUGAAAGUGAAAUAUUUUACAUACAGAUUUUAAUGACAUGGACCAUUUUCCCAUUUUUAAAAUCAUUAUGUAUUUAAUCACUCAAUACAGAUAAAGAAUUUCCAAAAAAGAUGGGUUUGCCCAACCCUGCUGCUAAUUUAUCCAAAGAUACUGUAGGUGGCUUCAUUUAUUUUACUAAUACUAUGCCUCAAAGUGUGGUACUAUAUUUUCGAUUACAAACCACUCAUCAACAUAUUUAUUACAUUACAUGGACAAAAGUACUGGUUGUUGCAUCCAUGGAAAGUUCCGGGUUUGUAAUGGGGGAGCCUGGAAAAAAGACCCAGACAGAAAAUGCAUACUCCACCCAGGAAGGCCCAAAAAGAGACACAAACCUCCAACCUCGGGACCGUGAGGCAGAUAUGCUAACCACUAGCGCACAGCGUUGCCCUAUGAAUUAAUUCACAGACUGAAGGUGGAUUUUUGUCCAUGUAUGUCACGUUCUGGCAGCUACUUUGUCAACCCUAAAACUGCAGAGCCACCUGCUGCUCACUCAAGGGAACUACAGCUCACUGAUGCAGGCGUGUCAUCAAAUUUGAUUGAGUUAUUCUGAUUUAGCUGAUCAAUAACUAGCGACUAAAACUGAUACAGCCCCGACAGCUGUCACGGGAGGGUUUCUCAUUUGUUAUAAAACCAACGCUGAUUGACAAAACAAAUAUGGAGUAAAACUUCACUUUUGCUGAUGACCUUUGUCUGCACUUUCUCCCCUCGACAAGUAUUCAAUUUCACUUGCCGUGCCUUAAAGCAUUUAAGAAUGACACGUACACUGCUGGUGAGAAGAAGUUCUGCCAUC